AUGGAGACCCUGGCGCAGCAUGGCGGGCUCUCAUCAGAGAAGCUGUGGUGCUGUGUGAGCCAAGCAGAAUCACAGCAGCUGCACAGAAAUGUCACCCGAGAACAGAGCCCAGUGUCAUCCCAGGGCCCUGGGCAGCUACCGAAGGAUGAGGGGUCAGGGGAGGGCAAGACCCUGGGAUCGAAGCAGUCCGGCAUGGUGGUGGAAGAGAGGCAGGGCUGCGUCCAUUUGGUAUCUGUCUGCGCGUCCUUCUGUGAGGAGCAGAAGCGCCCCUGCCUCCCUUCCACCAUGUGGGCCUCCCUGCACUGCCUGGGCCUGAGCCUGGGCCUGGCCUGCUGCCCGGCCCAGGCCAAGCUGUGCAUCUCCAGGCAGCUCAGGCUGAACGGGGACUACAUCCUGGGGGGCCUCUUCCCCUUCGGGGUCCAAGACGAGGAAGCUCCAGAGCAGGGCCGGCCGGAGGGGAUGCUGUGCACCCAGUUCUCAGCAAUAGGGCUGCUGUGGGCCCUGGCCAUGAAGAUGGCCAUCGAGGAGAUCAACAGCUCGUCAGCCCUGCUGCCCGGCAUCUCCCUGGGCUAUGACCUCUAUGACACAUGCUCCCUGCCCAUGGUCACCAUGAAGCCCAGCCUCCUGUUUAUGUCGCAAAGCAAGAGCCAGGACAUCGGCGCCUACUGCAACUACACCCAGUACUGGCCCCGCGUAGUGGCGGUCAUCGGCCCCCACUCCUCCGAGCUCGCCCUCAUCACGGGCAAGCUCUUCGGUUUCUUCCUGAUGCCCCAGGUCAGUUACGGGGCCAGCACUGACCGGCUGAGCAACCGGGAGAUGUUCCCGUCCUUCUUCCGGACAAUCCCCAGCGACCGGGUGCAGCUGGAGGCCAUAGUGGACCUGCUGAGCCUGUUUGGCUGGAACUGGGUGGCGGCCGUGGGCAGCGACGACGAGUACGGCCGCCAGGGGCUCAGCAUCUUCUCCAGCCUGGCCAACAACCGCAGCAUCUGCAUCGCCCACGAGGGCAUCCUGCCGCUGCCCAAGGCCCGGGACCCGCAGGACCUGGGCAAGGUGGGCAACAUCCUGCAGCAGAUCAACCAGAGCGCGGUGCAGGUGGUGGUGCUCUUCUCCUCGGCGGCGGCCGCCCGCACCCUCUUCCAGUACUGCAUCCAGACCCGGGUCACGCCCAAGGUAUGGGUGGCCAGUGAAGCCUGGCUGGUGUCCGAGCUGGUCAUCAAGCUGCCCGGCAUCCGGAGGGUGGGCACCAUCCUGGGGUUCCUCCUGCAGGGCUCCCCGCUGCCCGAGUUCAGCGACUACGUGGCCCGGUGCCUGAGCCAGGCCGCCAACCAGACCUUCUGCGACAGCUUGGGCGAGACCCUCCCCUCCAGGGAGGACAUGAUCGGGCCACAGUGUCCGCAGUGUGACCACAUCAGCCACGAGAAUGUCUCAGCCAGCCUGCAGCACCACCAGACCUUCGCUGUCUACGCGGCCGUCUACAGCGUGGCUCAUGCCCUGCACCUCUCCCUGGGCUGCAACGCCUCCGGGUGCCCCUCCCAGAACAGCACUCGGCCCUGGGAGCUCGUGAGCAAGAUGUACAACCUGCGCUUCCCCGCUCGCUCGCUCACCCUGCAGUUCGAUGACAGUGGGAACGUGGACAUGAACUACGAUCUGAAGCUGUGGGUCUGGCACAGAGAUGAGGAGCCGGAGCUCCUUACCGUGGGCACCUUCCAAGGGAGCCUGGAGCUCAAUCGUUCCCAGAUCCGCUGGCACAGCCAAGGGAAUAAGGAGCCUGUGUCCAGGUGUUCCCGGGAAUGUGAGGAAGGCCAGGUGCGGAGGGUCAAAGGUUUCCACUCCUGCUGCUAUGACUGCCUCAGCUGCAAAGCCGGCACCUACAGAAAGAACUGGGAUGACCUGACCUGCAGCCGCUGCCCAGAGCACCAGUGGUCUCCUGAUCUCAGCACCCGGUGUUUUCCUCGGCCCCUCAGGUUCCUGGCUUGGGGGGAGCCGGUGGUAAUUGUGCUGCUCCUCCUGCUGCUGCUGGAGGCGGGCCUGAGCCUGGCGGCUCUGGGGCUCUUCUGCCGCAGCCGGGGCUCGCCCGUGGUGCGGGCCUCGGGAGGAAGCCUCAGCUGCUUCGGCCUGGGCUGCCUGCUGGUGGUGUGCCUCAGUGUCCUGCAUUUCCCCGGCCGGCCCAGCAGGGUCAGCUGCCUGGCUCAGCAGCCCCUCUUCCACCUGCCCCUCACCGGCUGCCUCGGCACCCUCUUCCUCAGGGCGGCCGAGGUCUUCCUGGCUUCCGAGUUCCCGGGCGGGGCCAGGCGGCUCCGGAGCUGGCUGCGCGGGCCCCGGGCCUGGCUGCUGCUGGUGCUGCUGCUGCUGGCGGAGGGCGCGCUCUGCGCCUGGUACCUGGCGGCCUUCCCCCAGCGCAUGGUGACGGACUGGCAGGCGCUGCCCCGCGAGGCGCUGGUGCACUGCCAGGUGCGCUCCUGGUUCAGCUUCGGCGUGGUGCACGUCGUCAACGCGGUGCUGGCCUUCCUCUGCUUCCUGGGCACCUUCAUGGUGCAGAGCCAGGCCGGGCGGUACAACCUGGCCAGGGGCAUCACCUUCGCCAUGCUGGCCUACUUCAUCACCUGGAUCUCCUUCAUCCCGCUCCUCGCCAACGUGCCCAAGGUCUACCAGCCGGCCACGCAGAUGGCCGCCAUCUUGCUCUGUGUCCUCGGGAUCCUGACUACCUUCUACCUGCCCAAGUGCUACCUGCUGCUCUGGCAGCCACAUCUCAACACUCAAGAGUUUUUCCAGAGCUUUCUGGAGCUGGGGCCGUGGGACAGAGGGAAAGAUGGGGAAGGGAAAGACACGAGGGACGGGAGCCAGUGAUUUCCCAAGUCUAGGCCCAGGCUGACCCCACCUUCACAAGGAUUCCGCUCCAGGGCCCAGCAAUCCCAACCUCACAGUAACAGUCUCAGGGAACCAGGGUCUGCGGCACCUACGAAACUCUAACUCCCCCGAGGUCCCCCAUGGCCCCAUAGCGAUCCCAAACCCAGUAACACGGAGCCCCAUAGUCCCAACCUCUGUGACUCCAUUGCCUCAGAUACAGCCCCCAUGGAACCAGCGCCCACAGUGAUCGCUCCCCUCCAAGUUCUGUGCAGCCUCCAUGCAAAGGUUCUUAAACCAGGAUCUGUGAAUGUGGCUUAAAUGAUUUUUUCAUAAUUGCACUUCAAUAGAAUCGGUUUCCUUUUUAUUCCUGUGGCUCUUUUUUAUGCAUUAAAGACAUUGUUCUAAGAAGGGGUCUGUGGUGCAAAAAUAAGAAUCCCUAAUUGGAAGGAAGCCAGCCUUGUCCUCCAGUAAGUCCAGCUCAGGCCCAAGGAAGAGCUUUUCGGCUUGGUGAGUCAUCAGCCUGACUGCCCACUCUCAUUCUGACAAUGCUAAGUGCAAACUGCUGAGCACCAGAAGGGAUUAAAAAGUAAAGGAAACAGGCAGCAGGGUGGUGCAGUGGGCAGAGCACCAGCCCUGAAGUGAGGAGGACCUGAAUUCAAAUCUGGUCUCAGACACACUUCCUGGCUGGGUGACUCUGGGCAAAUCACUUAAGCUCAACUGCCUCAGCAAAGCAAAUAAACAAAUGGAAGGAAGGAAGGAAGGAAGGAAGGAGGAAGGAA